AAAUCAAGCAAACAUAUAAUUGAAAGUUGAAACAACAUUUGUUAUAUAUAUAUUUCAUCUCCUACAUUUUAUUUUGUGGAUUGUGAUUUUACAUCACACAUACACAAGUUUCUAUAAAAUAUUCAUAGUUACCUAAUCUGAAUCUAUUAUGAUGGAAAAAGCGUCAUCUUCUAAUGAGGUAAGGACACUAGUUUUAGUUGGACGUACUGGCAAUGGCAAAAGUGCAACGGGAAAUAGUGUUCUUGGAAGGAGAGCAUUCAAGUCAAGGACAAGUUCUUCUGGUGUAACAAGUGUGUGUGAAUUGCAAAGAACUAUUAUGAAAGAUGGAUCGAUUGUUAAUGUUAUUGACACCCCAGGACUAUUUGCUGGAACUGAUUCUGCUGGGAAGGAAAUAGUCAAAUGUAUUGAUAUGGCUAAAGAUGGAAUUCAUGCCAUUCUUAUGGUGUUCUCUGUUAGAACUCGCUUUUCUGAAGAGGAACAAGCUACUUUUCUUACCUUGCAAGCAUUGUUUGGACACCAAAUUGUUGACUACAUGAUUGUGGUCUUCACAGGAGGGGAUGAUCUAGAAGCUAAUGAAGAGACACUUGAUGAUUAUUUAGGUUGCGAGUGUCCACAACCUCUUAAGGAUAUUCUGACCCUGUGUGGCAAUCGUAAAGUGCUUUUUGAUAAUAAGACUAAGGAUGAAAAAAAACGAUUAGGACAAGUUCAAGAACUUCUCAAUGUUGUGAACAUGAUUAUAUCACAUAAUGGUGGACGACCAUUUACAAAUGAGUUGUUUAUAGAAUUGAAGGAGAAAGCAACAAUACGAGAUAACCAACAAAAAAUGGUUGACUCCAUGGGAGGAUAUUCAAAAGCAGAAACGUUGGGGAUUAAAAUGCAAAUGCAGCAAAAAUAUGAUGAUGAGCUAAAACGAAUUACUAAUAUGGUUGAAUCAAAGUUGAAGGAAGAAAGUGCAAACCUUUUGAAAAGUUUGGAGGAAGAGAGAGUUGCUAGACUUAAAGCUGAGGAAAAUUAUAGAUCGAUUCAAAUUACAUCGAAUAAUGAAAUUCAGAAACUCAAAUGGGAUCUUGAGGUGGCAAAUAAGAGACCACCCACUAGGCGUGGUUGUGUCAUAAUGUGAUUUUAAUACCUUCAAAACAUUUGUAUUUUACCUUCGCGAUUGUAAGUAUUUGUAUUGACUAAUACUUCUCAAAAUGUUGUAUAUAAUUACUAAGGAUUGCUUUAUAAUUUGCCAUAAUUCUUUUAUUA